GGCAAGUUUAAUUGAUAUCGCGUUUCUAAUUAGCGGGAUUUAUCUUUUCCGGUAAGUUUGAUUACAGGAGUAUAAGAACAAGCGUUUUUUUUUCCUCGCGAUAGAUUUCUUUGCAUCAAAAUGCCACGCAAACAAUUCAUUUUCUUCCUAAUUUGGAUUAUCGGCGCGAAAUCUUUAGAUGUACAAAUAAAACCUCGUUAUCGAAGCGACGCCAUUCAAACUUACUGGCCCGAAACCAAACGCACGGAAACAGUUAAUGAAACACCACAGGAUAAUCCGGAGGAUCCCAAUUUAAUGAAGCAACUGUUGCGAAAAUUCGGCGAAAUGGCGAGUAAAAUCGGCAAUUCGGUAGGUUCAGGCGCAUCGAUAAUCACAAACGCCAUAGACAAAGUGUGCGAAGUAGUAAAAACCGUCAUUCCUCUACUAACGGCGGUAUGUCACGUGGGACAGUUUAAAUUCUGCGCCGCGACGACCGGCGCCCCGGAGGGAAUCAAACGAGCCGUGAAUUCCGGUUACGAUGAACUCAACCUCGACAUACCGGAUUAAUUCGUUCGUAUCAAUUAUAAUGUACGUAAUAUGUAGAUUUUUUUUAUAAUUAUAACGAACCUGUUUGGCAAAACCCAUAUCACA